CAGCUGUAAUCAACAGAAACUCCCCUAAGCAGUGAUAUUUUGUUUUGUGAUCAAUUCGUUACUCUGAUGACAUUUACUUCUCUAAACAUUUACACUUGCGAGCAGAAAUAUUCAAAACAUUUUUAUUCAAAGACUCGAGGCAAGAUGACGAGUAUAGUAGCGGAUCUGGUGCACGGAUACAGGGACCUGAUGGAUAACAAGUCCGAUCCCCGGGUGAACAGUUAUAUCCUGAUGAGCAGCCCGUUUCCGACCAUGGCGAUAUGCCUAUUUUAUGCUUAUUUCAGCAAGGUUUUGGGACCGAGGCUAAUGGAAAAUAAAAAGCCUUUCAAACUUCGGGGUAUCUUAAUAGGGUACAACCUGAUACAAACAAUAUUCUCCACGUGGAUCUUCUACGAGUACUUGAUGAGUGGCUGGGCGAAAGGAUACAGCUUCCGGUGCCAACCGGUUGACUAUUCGCACAGCCCAAUGGCGCUACGAAUGGUGAACACGUGUUGGUGGUAUUUCAUCAGCAAAUUCACCGAGUUCUUCGAUACCCUAUUUUUCAUUUUGAGGAAGAAGACUCAACACGUGUCGACGCUUCACGUGAUCCACCAUGGUAUAAUGCCUUUCUCCGUUUGGUUAGGGCUCAAGUUCGCGCCAGGUGGCCACAGCACUUUCUUCGCCCUUUUGAACACUUUUGUUCACAUAAUAAUGUACUUCUACUACAUGGUGGCUGCGAUGGGCCCUGAGUAUCAAAAGUACAUCUGGUGGAAGAAGUACCUGACUACCUUGCAAAUGGUGCAAUUCGUGUUGAUCAUGAGUCACCAGUUCCAGCUGUUCUUCACAGAGUGCGAUUAUCCUCGUAGCUUUAUGAUAUGGAUCGGUCUGCACGGCGUGCUAUUCCUAGGAUUAUUCUCAGACUUUUACAAAGCAAAAUACGUAGACAAAUCGAAAUUGUCGGCGAAACAAAGUUCACAGAAUGGCUCGUCGACGACCGGCAUGUGUAUGCCGGUACUCGAGGACGAAUCGACGCCACGGCAAAAUGGCGUCUCGUCGUACGCGACCAUCUACAACAAAGAAUACAACAGUUGUUACAGCAACGGCACGAACAACGGUUACGUUGCCAAUAACAACACAGAGAAGAAGCUCGCUUAGGACGUUCUUCUGGUGUUUCGUAAUUUCGAGAACAACAAUUAUCGGGACAGAGCAAAAACACCUAAACAUGUACACACACACACACACAUACACACAAAAUAUUGUUUAAUUGUACCGUUCAAUCUCGCGUCCUCGACGUUUCUUCGAGGAUCCUGCAACGGUUCCACGUUGAUCGCAGUGGCUGUUUAUUUCUUUUUUUUUUCUCUCUCUCUCUCUUUCCCUCUCUAUUUCGUAUCUUCGCCACGAGGAGCAUGGUAUACGCGCGAGAAUAAACGAUGCUAGUUAAGAAUAAUUGCGGAUUCUGUGUUCAUAAUAAAACGCGUACAGUCGUCGGCGAGUGAUCAGCUGAACGCUUUAAAUCAUUUCACGUUAACACUGUCAACGGGCUGACGAUUACUUUUCUCUCUUCCUUACGUGGUGGAUGGAUCGGCAAUGUUACGAGGGAAGGACCUGUUUAACCCUUUCGUUAUGACGCUAUAGUGGCUGUGCAUUCACGCUUAUCCUUUUCUGUACCAUUGUAGCGAGUGAGACUGUUGGUACACACCUAAUCACCGCCACUAUAAUGGUUUUCUAGUCGUGAUUCGUUUUUAGAAAGAGAAAAGAGGAAGAGGAACCUCCGCAAUCUAUCCAAUAUUUUCACAAACUUGUUUGAUUUGAAGAACGUUGAAACUUGUAAACUGACUACACGUUUUCUAUCUUCGUAGCAAAAGGGUUAAGAGAAUAAAGGUCACUUCUACGUUGUUGUGUAUACAUAUAUUAAUCUAGCAAUCGCAUUCGCAACGGGAUUGCGAAUGAACAACCGUGAACUAUCGUCGGCUCGUGGAUAGCUUUAUUAAGCAAACGAGAAGAACGACGAAGGUAUGCAAAUGGCGUAUAAAGCGCACACGGUUCAUUGAAUAAUAAUCGAAGUAAUUAUAUAGAACAGGGUCCAACACUUCAGUAAUUUCAGUAACCUUGAUACAUGUUAUGAAGACGAGUGUCCUUAGUAAUUUUAUUGUAUUACAUAUAGUUAUCGCUUGUUUUUAGUUUUCCAUGAUCCAAUUUUUGUUUUCAGCUUAUGAACAUUUUUAUGCGACAGUAGUUUGAAUAAUCAAAUUCACAUUAAUUAUUUAUAUGCUGCGCGCUAUUUAAAAUAUGUUUGCGUAUAUUUCUAAAGUUGAACGAUGAUUAUAUGUACCCAUGAAAUUGCUCGGAAAAUUAAUCUUAAUAAUAUAUAUCAAGAUGAUUGAAAUCGGUGAAGUGAACCCUAUCUUAUACAGGGUGCCCCAUACAAUUGGGACAAGCUGUAUCUUUAAAACGGAUCGUUGUAAAGAUCUAGUUUGACCCAGUUGCGCGAGACACCUUGUAUAAUUAUUAAUAAUCGAUCCUCGUCGAAAAGGUUCUGUUUCCCGCACGCGAUUCCUAGUCGUGUAUUUUUUCGUUUUUCUCUCUCUCUCUCUCUUUCUCAAUCUUUUUUUAAUUUGUCAGUCGCGUGCGUUGCGUGUGGAUGAGAAAGUGUGUGAUCGGUUAGCUAGUUUAGACACGAUUGCGAGGCAUUUCUCUGAUUGGGACCCCCCUUUACCUUUCAACCGUAAUUCCUCCCCUGUCGUCGUCCAACUCUGUCUCCCUAAUGCCCCGAUUGUGUUCAAAGCUUUGGUGUUCGUUGUAGAAAAUAAGCGUGAGUCGAUUCGCGUGCAAGGAGAUAUAAUCGUACGGCUCUUUCCUCUCGAAACAUAUGGUUCUGGCCACCGUGAUAUACGAGCGUUAUUGGUUCAAUAAAUUGUUGUUAACACAGUGGCUGCUAUAGGUGUUACCUGAGAAGAAAAAGCCCUGGGCGCUACCUGAGUUACCGAAGCUGAUUAACAAAAUGUAAAUUUUUACACCCUUGGACACUGAUUUAAUUUGAAGAUUCUUUUUUACAUAAAUUUAGGAAGUGAAAUAACAAAGUGAAAUUCUGAUCACCAAUGACCCCGUAUAUCAGUCAACGUGUUAAGAAAUAUUUAGAAUUGAAAUCGUCGGUGGUGAGAUCGAAAUUCCAAUGAGUUUCGAAGAGGAAAAUAAAAAAAAAAAAAAUUUCACGACGAAAUUAAACUCUUGUUCGCCGUUUGUUUUGAGCUUGGGCUAGAUUAACCCUUGCACAACGGAAUCGUGGCCAAACAAGACCAAGCAAAGUAAAUAUUGUCAUUGAUAAAUGGUUGAGUAAUUAAGAACUUUCUACCGUAGCAAACCAACGAUAUAAUUUUUCUUUAAAUUCUUAUUACAUAAUUAUUGAAAUAUCGCUCAACUGUCAGACAGUCAGUAUACAUUGAGUCUUAAAUGACCCAGUAUCCGCUGUCCAAGGGUUAAAAGAGAAAGAAAUGGUGGAAUGUAUACUCGUAUGUUACGAAUGGAAAGGAAAGAGAAAACGGUUUACCCUAGGAAUCGUAUACAAAUCUCGUGUUAAGAUUACAGACUUUUUGUACUCUUCCUGUUACGGGGAAAGAAUUUAAAGGAUUUUUAUUUAUGACCGCACAGAGAAAUAAAAGAAAAUCUAAGGUAAAAAAAAAAAAGGAAAAAAAGAAAAAAAAAGUGAAGAAGAUGAAGAUGAUGAAAUCGAAUUCGAUCCUGUAAAAAUUUGAUGUUGUAUAUUUUUACAAAGGAAAUAGAUCGGAUCGCAUAAUAAAUGAAACGUUGACGUUAAAUAUGGGUGUCAAAAGACGUGCUUUCCUGUGAAAGUAUUCGUAUUAUUGAAGUUUAUUAUGCCAAGAUUUUAAUAACGUAUUAGAGAAGUAUUUCAGAGCAAUUUGUAAUAAAAAAGACAAAAAACGAUGAAGAAAAAAAAAAAACAAAGAUACGCUGAAAGAAAAGAAUAACAUCGUCAAGACUGUUAAUGUAGACGUAAUGUUGUACGAACUAUAAAAAUAUUAUCUUCGAAUUUCGACUAAAAAAAAAAAAAAAAAAUCCGUUCUUUUACUAUUAUUUUAGCUUUUAACGAGUUUGUUAUUGUUGUUGUGGUUGUUUCUAUUUUUUAUCUCGUCUGAUCCUUGUCGUUUCAAAUUGUACAGGAAUUGAUCUUCGAACAAUUUUUAUAUCUUCAAAGCUCAAAAGGUGUUAUUUCUCAAACUGUUUCAACAGAACAUUGAAAAAAACUGAUAACAGAAGCGGAAAACUGUUGAUUGUACACAAAAAAAAAAAAAAA